CAGCCGGAGCCGGGCUCGGGCACUCAUUGAGCGGGAGCCGCUGGGAGCCGGAGCGCCGCUACUUUGUAUCCGAGCCGGAACCGAGUGACACUUUGUAUCGGCCGCCGGGCUCCGCUCUGCCUCCGUCCCCGCAUCCCUCCCUCCAUCUGUCCGCCUCGCAGGCGGCGGGUCAGAGCCGGGCAGCGGCGGGGGACCCCUCCCCCGGAGCCCAGGAGUCCGAGGCCGGGACACGGGCAGAGAAGAGGCCCAAGCGGAGCGGAGCCGCCCCGCGGCCAUGGUUCGCACGGAGGCGGCGGCGGCGGUGCUGCUCGCGGCUGUACUGCGGAUAACAGUGGAGGCAAAUGGGAUCUCACUGUGCAUGGCUGGAUUUACAGAAGAUACGUAUCAUGCAGUGGUGUCGAGGGACGUUCAGAAAGGGCAGCCUCUCCUAAAUGUGGAGUUCGACGACUGCUUUGGAAAUCUUUUGUUUCACUAUGAGACGAGCAACCCGAAGUUCAGAGUCCAGCAGGACGGGGUGGUGUACGCAGCCAAAAGCUUUCAAAUCUCCGGAAAGCAGUUGAAGUUUAUAAUAACAGCGCGUGAAGCUCAGUCACAACAGCAGUGGCAAGCUGCCAUCAAGUUGACUGUUAGACCAGAGAGCAGAACCAAGCAAAGUGGACAGAAGAGCUGGAAACCAAAUGGGGUCGCCCUGCCACAGAAUGUUCCGGAUAUCUUGUUCCCAGGCUUCCGGCUGGAGAACAAUGGCCAGCUGAAACGGCAGAAGAGAGACUGGGUCAUCCCACCAAUCAGUGUGCCUGAAAACGCCCGUGGUACUUUCCCACAGGAAUUGGUCAGGAUCCGAUCAGACAGAGAUAAAAGCGGCUCGUUGCGUUACAGUGUGACUGGACCAGGAGCAGAUCAGCCACCAACUGGGAUUUUCACCAUCAGUCCCAUCUCCGGCCAGCUCGCUGUGACCAAACCUUUGGAUCGGGAGCAGAUAGCUUCCUACCAUCUCAGAGCUCAUGCAGUGGACUUGAAUGGGAAUCAGGUGGAGAACCCAAUCGACAUUGUUAUAAAUGUUAUUGAUAUGAAUGACAACCGGCCCGAGUUUCUGUACCCAAUCUGGAACGGAUCUGUUCCUGAAGGGUCAAAGCCAGGUACAUUUGUAAUGACUGUCACUGCGGUUGAUGCUGAUGACCCAAACACAGCCAAUGGCAUACUCCGAUACAAGAUCCUUUCCCAGACACCGAGCAGCCCUUCCUCAAACAUGUUCACCAUCAAUAAUCAGACUGGGGAUAUUGUCACAGUGGCAGCUGGUCUUGACCGAGAGAAAGUCCCCCAGUAUACGUUAAUAAUUCAAGCGACAGACAUGGAGGGGAGUCCAAUGUACGGUCUUUCCAACACUGCGACUGCUAUCAUUGCCAUCACUGAUGUCAACGACAACCCACCAGAGUUCACCGCUGCCACUUUCUACGGAGAAGUGCCAGAAAACAGGAUUGAUAUCAUUGUUGCAAACCUCACGGUGACAGACAACGAUCACCCCCAUACUCCUGCUUGGAACGCAGCCUACAGGAUAAUCGGAGGUGACUCAACGGGGCACUUCGCUGUCCCAACUGAUCCCAUCAGUAACGAUGGCCUGGUGACCGUCGUCAAGCCUAUUGAUUAUGAAAGCAGCAGAUCCUUUGUACUGACGGUGAUUGCAGAGAAUCAGGUGCCCCUGACGAAAGGCAUCCAACUUCCCCCCCAGUCGACGGCCACCGUCUCCAUCACCGUCAUCGAUGUGAACGAGAGCCCGCAGUUCGUUCCGAAUCCAAAGCUGAUCAGGCAGGAAGAGGGACUUCCCGAGGGCAAGCUCCUGACGUUUUUCACAGCUGAAGACCCAGAUCGAUACAUGCAGCAGACGCUGAGAUACUCAAAGCUGUCGGAUCCAGCAAACUGGCUAAAAAUUGAUCCCCUCCGUGGUCAAAUUACUACAAUUGCUGAGCUAGAUCGGGAGUCUCCGUUCGUGAAGAACAACAUGUACAACGCAACCUUCCUGGCGUCAGACAGUGGCAUCCCCCCGGCAAGUGGGACGGGCACUCUGCAGAUCCUGCUGCUCGAUGACAAUGAUAAUGCCCCACAAGUGUCCCCACAGGAGGUCUCCAUCUGCGAGAAGCCCGAUCCCAAUGCCAUUAACAUCACAGCUAUCGACCCGGACAUCGAUCCCAACACCGGCCCCUUCGCCUUCGAGUUGCCGGACACCCCGGUGGACGUGAGGCGGAACUGGACCAUAACCCGCCUGGACGGAGAUUCUGCGCAGUUGAGCCUGAAGAUUGGAAUCCUGGACGAUGGCAUCUAUGAGGUUCCAAUAAUGAUCAUGGACUCUGGAAAUCCACCCAUGUCUGCCACGUCGGUGCUCCUGAUCAAAGUCUGUCCCUGCAAUGAAAACGGGGACUGUACCUCAGUUGAAGCCAUUGUUGCUGCUGGUUUGGGAACAGGUGCCAUCAUUGCAAUUCUACUCUGCAUCAUCAUUCUGCUCAUCUUGGUCUUGCUGUUUGUGAUAUGGAUGAAGCGGCGAGAUAAGGAACGGCAAGCCAAGCAGCUGCUGAUAGACCCAGAGGAUGAUGUCCGCGACAACAUCCUGAAGUACGACGAGGAGGGCGGCGGCGAGGAGGACCAGGAUUAUGACCUGAGCCAACUUCAGCAGCCAGACACGAUGGAGCCUGAUGCGAUCAAGCCAAUGGGGAUCAGGCGUGUGGACGAGAGGCCCAUCCACGCUGAGCCUCAGUAUCCUGUCCGCUCAGCUGCCCCUCAUCCCGGCGACAUCGGAGACUUCAUCAACGAGGGUCUCAAGGCAGCAGACAACGAUCCCACUGCACCUCCUUACGACUCGCUGCUGGUGUUUGACUAUGAGGGAAGUGGUUCCACGGCAGGCUCCUUGAGCUCUCUCAACUCCACGAGUUCUGGUGGAGACCAGGACUACGAUUACCUGAAUGACUGGGGGCCACGGUUUAAGAAGCUGGCAGACAUGUACGGCGGAGGCAGCGACCUCUAGGGCCUUGGUUUUUCUUCUCCCCCUGGACCAAACGUUGCCGACUACGAACUUUUAACCGAUUUAUUCCCAGCAGAAGCAACAGACAUACAUACACAUCACACUCACGAGAUAAAGGCUAGGCUUUAACUCACUAGUCAAUUAUAACAGGCGCUUGUCAAAAGCUUUGGUGUAGGUUGCAAAGUUUGCAUCAGCGGAAUAAUCGGUAAAUUGACACUGUUUUAAGGAGAGAAAUUAAUUGGGUAUAAGAGCUCUGUCACACUUCAAAGUACAGAAGCACUGGGAUUUUGUGCCUUUUUGUACAUUUUUUGAUCUGAAUCAUUAGGGUUAAGUUCCAUGCUUUAACAAUAACUGUGACAUUUUUUGAAGGGAUUAUCUCUUUUUUUUCCCCCCAGAUGGAAAUGGGGAGGGAGGGGGAAAACGUGGUUAGGAAAUGGUGAGCUGUUCUCUGCUUUUUUUUAGUUUUAAGAAAGAUGCUAAGAACACCAAAUUUCAUAAACUUGCUGUCUUUUUUUUAAGGGUGGAAGGGUCAGCCAAUCAUACAUCAGAUUCCAGUUUUGGAAGUGCUAAAGUUUAACUUGGGACGAGUCAAGAGUUGAAUAGUGGAGGUCAUUUCCCAAAUUUCUAACGGGGCCUUUUAGAUUUUGACUUCUCGAAGGAGGGGGGGGAUUGGGGAAAGAAAUUUACUUUUGGGACUAAGAGUUUGUGUCUCAGCCUGAAGCCAAGACCUGACACUGAAGUUUCUUUUUGGUUGCUUUUUUUUAAAUCCAUUGUAUAAAAUGAAAGUGUACAUAAUGUUAAAAAGCCGUAGUCGACAAGAUCUUCGGAACAUGUUUGAGAAAAAAAUUUCAAAAAGAAAAAAAAAUUUGAGCGAUUCCAAGGAUUUCUUUUGUUGCAUGUUUUUUCCCUGACUGGGUGAAUUAGCGAUGGAGAACACUUCUGGAAAAAGUGAUUGUUGACCGAUUUGAGACGUAGAUAGACCAUGACGAUGAUGACUAUUUUCUUUAUAAUUCUUAACUAGCACAAGCAUUUUACAUAAUUUGUACCAAAAAGCGAAAGGGGUAGUGUUGUAGCUGGAGGCACUAAUUAAUGAGGAGUGUUUGAACCAAGAGGGUGUAGCAAUGGUGUUGGCGGUUUUACUGUGCAUCAGGAGUAUUGCACCUCUGCCCCUGAAAUAAAUUAAAGGCUACUUUUUUGAA